AUGACGGCAGUGCCAUUGUUGCUGCUGUUCUUGCUACUGGGUUGCAUCCCGCCUUUUGCCGUGGCCCGGCAGCACAUCGUCUUGGAUGUGGAUGGCUCAGUAGAGGACUACGCCUCACUCACAAGCAUUGCCCAGAACCCGAACCUGCGCAGCCAGUUGAGUCUUAUUACCGUAUCUGGGAUGACAUGGGGCCACGCCGCGACGUUGGCACGCAAUCUCUGCCGCUUCCUUUCGCUUGCGCAGUUGGAGGCUGUUACUGUGUCGGUAGGGGCACUGACAGCGGCGGCCGAUGAGUACGACGCGUCAGUGUCGCGCGGUGGGUGUGGUCACAGCCAGGGGUUUCCCUCCACCCCACACGAUGCGCUGCGUCGUGGCAUGACGUACUCCCGUGCCGAUGUUACAAACUCCUUCGGCGCGGCCUAUAGUCUCCCCCCUAAGUCAUGUAAAGUGGAGGUGAGUGCAUCGCAGGCGCUUUACGAUAUGCUCGCUGGCAUGUCUGCCGGCGAUACCGUGGUUUAUCUCGCUUUGGCCAGUUCCACCAACUUGGCAUCGGCGCUGAGGUAUUUGGGUCGCCGCGACCCUGCUUCUCUGCAACGAUUUAAGCGGUCGGCGGUGGUGCACUUCCUUGAAAAGGGAUACAGCCUUGCGGUAGAUAACACGUCCACCUCUUAUGUGCUGGCAGAACCCGGGUUGCGUAUUGUGCUUUACCUGCCCUCCUUCUACGACCCCGCGGUUACCUUCUCGGUGAGCUCGUGGAGUGAGCUCAGCACCAUGGCGAAGGCGAGAGACAUCUCUAGGGCUGUGAAGUGGCUCUUCGGCGCAUGGGAAGCUAAAAAGGCUCUCGUCGAGUCCCGCAGCAACGACGCCCACACGGCGUUUUUUAGGGAAGGCGGUCCAGCGAGCAGUCUGGUGACGCUCUGCGCCCUUGACGCCACCGUGCGAGCCAGCUGCACCACGUACCGCACGGCGUUGUCUAGUGUGUCGCUUCAUUUGGCGCAACCUACGCACGCUGGGGCUGGCACGGUGCAGUAUAGAAUCACAGGCAAUAAUGUGACAUGGCCGUCCUACCUGCUGGCAACGCCGCGGGACGGCCUUGGGGCGACGCACUACCUUGUUGCGCAGCCAGCCGAUCGUUUUAUGCCACCCGCCGCUACUUCUUUGGCGUCCGUCUUCAUGUCUGUGUGGUCGGAUCUCCUGCGGUCGUAG